ACUGGCGUGUUCCGCGGCAGAAGCACCCCCUCUCUGUCUUCCCCCAGUUCCAACUGUUGUGCUGCAGCAGAUUUGGUCUGAGUCUGGGCAGAGCCCCUUUUUAUGGAGCAACCCUCCCGAUUCGCUACAGCAAGAGUCUGGUGCAAGUGAUCCUUGCCUUCCCAUCGCACACAAAGGCAAAGAGCUCCUUAAAGGGACCUGCCUGCUGCUCCUUGCAGCUGCAAACCCGUGUUGGUGCAGGCUCAGUAACCCAGGUUUUUGCUCGAGAAUGAGUGGGGAGGGGUCUUGAGGAGCCCCCACGUCCUCCUGGAGCGGAGGCGGGAGGGAGCUGACAGCCGGAGUGGAUGGAGACCACCAGUCCGCGGGGACCCGCUUGCCAUUAGCUGCUUCUUGGGAUGCUCCGCGCGCCAGUUGAGCAUCCUGCCUGUGGUCCAGGGGAUGCUGGCGGCGCAUCUUGCGGUAAGCCUGCGCUGAUUUGAGCCAUCGCCCAGAAGCGAGCCCGCAUUCAGACACCGCGGACCGGCUCGGCGAAGGGCUGCAUGCAGUCACCAUGAAUGCUCAGCUCUAGGCUUCUGUAAAAACCUCCCCACUGCAUGGAUUUGGCUGUUUAAUCAGCCGAGAUUACAGCCCGGGAAGAUUUGCAAGCCUGAUUCUCCCUCCAGCUGCUGUGACAACUUCGGGGCCGUCUGUUUACUUCUCUGGGUCCCCGGGACUCUUUCCGGCAUCGCAGCCCCUUGUGCCACUUUGUGGGCUUGACUCGGAAGUCAGCCGCCAGGACUCCUCUGACGGCAUCCCCAGGAAGGGGGAGCAAGGAGGGCUUAAAAGAAAAGCAGGAAUCCCCCCAACUGCUCAGCCUCUCGUGACUGCCUGUGUUCUGGGGUUCUGAGAGGGACCGUGCGCUGCCUGGGGAAGCAAUGCAAGUCUCCAUAGCCUGCACAGAGCACAAUUUGAAGAGUCGGAAUGGUGAGGACCGACUUCUAAGCAAGCAGAGCUCCACCGCCCCCAAUGUGGUGAACGCAGCCCGGGCCAAAUUCCGCACGGUCGCUAUCAUCGCGCGCAGCCUGGGGACGUUCACGCCUCAGCAUCACAUUUCUCUCAAAGAGUCCACCGCAAAGCAGACUGGCAUGAAAUAUAGAUGGAUUCUGCCUGAUUACAAGUCACUGAUGACCAUUAAUGAAGCAAAUGUGAUGAGGAAUCUUGGAAAAUCAGGACUCAGAGUUUCUUGCUUGGGUCUUGGAACAUGGGUGACAUUUGGAGGUCAAAUUUCAGAUGAGGUUGCUGAACGGCUGAUGACAAUCGCCUAUGAAAGUGGUGUUAACCUCUUUGAUACUGCUGAAGUCUAUGCUGCUGGAAAGGCUGAAGUGAUUCUGGGGAGCAUCAUCAAGAAGAAAGGCUGGAGGAGGUCCAGUCUGGUCAUAACAACCAAACUCUACUGGGGUGGAAAAGCGGAAACAGAAAGAGGGCUGUCAAGAAAGCAUAUUAUUGAAGGAUUGAAGGGCUCCCUUCAGAGGCUGCAGCUGGAGUAUGUGGAUGUGGUCUUUGCUAAUCGACCAGACAGUAACACUCCCAUGGAAGAAAUUGUCCGAGCCAUGACACAUGUGAUAAACCAAGGCAUGGCGAUGUACUGGGGCACCUCGAGGUGGAGUGCUAUGGAGAUAAUGGAAGCCUAUUCUGUAGCAAGACAGUUCAAUAUGAUCCCACCAGUCUGUGAACAAGCUGAGUACCAUCUUUUCCAGAGAGAGAAAGUGGAGGUCCAGCUGCCAGAGCUCUACCACAAAAUAGGGGUUGGUGCAAUGACGUGGUCUCCACUUGCCUGUGGAAUCAUCUCAGGAAAAUACGGAAAUGGGGUGCCUGAAAGUUCCAGGGCUUCACUGAAGUGCUACCAGUGGUUGAAAGAAAGAAUUGUAAGUGAAGAAGGGAGAAAACAGCAAAACAAGCUAAAAGACCUUUCCCCAAUUGCAGAGCGUCUGGGAUGCACACUACCUCAGCUAGCUGUUGCGUGGUGCCUGAGAAAUGAAGGUGUGAGUUCUGUGCUCCUGGGAUCAUCCACCCCUGAACAACUCAUUGAAAACCUUGGUGCCAUUCAGGUUCUCCCAAAGAUGACAUCACAUGUGGUAAAUGAGAUUGAUAACAUACUGCGCAACAAGCCCUACAGCAAGAAGGACUAUAGAUCAUAAGGCAAUGCAUGAACCACAGAAGCUGCAUGGUUAAAAUAGCGGCCUGUGCCCAGUACAGAAAGGUGUUACUAACCAGUCUUUUCAAUCACUUAGCAGCUUGCUGCUCAACCUCUAGUGUCCCUCCCUGGAUUCUCUGAGGUGUCUGCUGUCGCUACCACUGUGCACAUCUGAAAACUCACAACCAAGAAAAUCCAUUCUAUUUUCUUAUCUUGGACUGGAGUCACCUAUUCUUGCAUUGCUGUAUACACCUCAUGCUUAUGCAAUGGGAAGAAUAUGGGGGCCGGGGGGUGAUGUAUUACCUUCAGGCAUUUGGUAACUCAAAGAAGGCUGUACAGAUAUAUUUUUUCAAAAGAACAAAAUCCACAGAUGCAAUGUGAGUUGCAUAAGAAACAGAGUAGACAGACUAAAUUCAGUGAAGGAAAGGAAUUCAGAGAUUUUUCUUAGGAAAUAGAUUCUUGUUAAGUAAAUAGUUAUUAAAAAUGUAUCUCACUGCAAAAAAAAAAAAAAAAAAAAAAAAAAAAAAACCAGUAUCUUCACUCAAAAGUCUUGCUUGGAAGAAUAAGCAGAAAGAAUUUUAUAUAUAUUUUUUUCUAUUUUCACAUUCAUAUUAACACGUUUUGUUCCAUUUGUUGUUCAACAAAACUACAAUUUCUGGGUAUUUUGGCUUUAUUACUUUUCAAAUAUUUACUGUUGCGUGGCCCCAAGAAUGGCCUUGUACAACUUAUCCAGAAUGUCUAUUAGGAUUCUAAUGUUAUAUCCACUUACAAGUAGUGACAGUAAAAGGAUGAAUAACCCAAUCUUUAGUGACAUUACAGCUGAUUUAUAAAAGAGAGGGCUACACUGCUACGGAAACUUAGCUUUGAAGAAAAUGCAAUGUAUCUGCAAUUAGGUGUUCAUUUGUUACUACAUUUUAUUAAAACCUGCUUUAUACUGUCAACUGCUUGGAGGCACAAUUUCUGCAAGUUUAAAUAUUUGAGCUUUAAAAAUAAACAUAAUACAUGCUCAGUUUUUUAAGUAAACCUGUAAAAUACCCAGAAAGGCAAAUGUUCAUUGUUUAAUUAGCACUGGGAUUUUCAACAUAAUGUUUGGUAUUUUUGAAGCGUUGUUAACAUGAAAGUCAACCACUGGCUUUGUGAAAAAAUGCUAUGUCACUAUUCAGAAUAUGCUGGGUAAAUUAACUUGCCUAGUGAAAAGCAAAAUGUUAAAGAACUUCUGGUUAUAUAAUAUUAUAUGCACUCAACUAUAUGCAUGAAAGUUCUUUGCAUGGAUUAAUGGGGCUUACCCUUGUUGCACUCGAAAUCUGAGGUAUAUCUAGCCCUGCCACUAUUGGCUACUUACCCUCAUUAAUAUCCCACUUGAGAAAAAUUGUGAGAAUAUACUGUGUCAAUAUCUGUAAAAAGAGAGAAAAUAUGUUUUUUGUUUUUGAAGGGGGUGGUGUGGAGGUGGCCCUUUAACUUUAUUUGGAUAUCUGAGGACGUACAAAAUUCUAAUUUAAUUUUCUGGUCAGCAACUUCCCCAUACAGAAAUCACUUUGAGGUUUACAGAAGAAUUGUAGUAUCAUUUUAAAAUGUUAUUUUCUGUCAUUCUAAAUGUGUAUUUCAUGGUUAAAUUCUAAAUCUGAAAAUGCUAGUGGGAGAUAUCAAGAAAUUUUCUUUUUGAUUACUAGUACCUGUAUUCUAACAAAGUUUGAAUUUUUUGCCCGAAUAUCAGAAUGAUGGAAAUUGAUCAUUUUUUCAGUUGUUCAUUGUGUAUUCAAUCCAGUGAACUGCUGUACGUAUAGAGGAGCUGAGGUGCCGUCUAAUGGGAAAUGUGAUUUAUUUGCUUAGAGUAAUAAAAGCAUUUUGUGCAUUAAAUCUCACAAUAGAUUUUAUCUGAUCUUUCAUUUUAAGGCUUAUGUAUAUUUUCCAUAUAUGUAAAAUAUACACAUAUAAAAUAUAUAUGGCCAUAAAAUAGGCAAUAAUCAUCUAAAUAAAAAUUAUAUUGGCAGCUAAGCUGCACUGAAUACUCAACAGAAAUAGCAGUGAUCAAAAGUCUGAGAUUUAAAUUGCAAUCCAAACAUUUUCUAUCAAUGGAGAUUAACUACUGAAGAUAUCAUUUCUCACUGAGUUUUAGAACACUCUGCACUAAGGUUAAGGCUUCAUGAAUUCACUUUUAAAAACUUGCAAAUCAAAACCAAAUAUAAAUAUAAUGGCUUAGCUGUGGGAACAGCCAGUUUUUUAUAUGCGAAUCUGUCAUGGUAAAUAUACUAGAUAAUGUAUUUCAGUUACGUCCUUAGGAAAAUUUCCACGCACUCUAAUUUUCUUUUCUCUUCCGAAAAGAAUUCCCUGGCAGAGAAUAUAUCAUUCCAAAAGGUAACUUGGGUAGCAGCCAUCCCUAUAUGGAAAUCUCAGGCAAACUAGAAACCCUGUGUCUGGCUUCCCACUUAAAGAACUGUCACUUCAUCUUCAUGAAGAGACUGCCCAAGUCAUUAGGCAGAUGUCAGCGCUUGAAGGAACCUUAGCAAUCUGCAAAGCCAUCCCUCUCACAAAUGAGCAAAGCAGGCCUGGAUAGAUGAAAAAAACUUGCCCAAACUCACACACUGCUAGCUGAUGGCAGAACCAGGCCUGGAACCCAAGUAUUUUGUGUUCUGUCAGGGCUCCUUUAGGUAGAUUUUUUUUUUUUCUUUUAAAAGGCUUUAAAGUUUUAUGCAGAAAUUGUGAGAAUGUUGAAGUUAAAAAACUUAAGUAUUAAUCCAAACUCAGAAAUCAAACAGGGAAAAGUCAGCGAAAAGAUAUACUGAAAAUUCAUAAAGGCCAACGAGAAGUUAGUCUCUAUCUUCCUGAAAAUUUAAACCAAGACCCUCCUAGUCUUCUAUUAAUUCCCCUGCUUGGGAGUCCCAAGGAAGUGAAAGAGAAUCCCUUAGAGCUCUAAUAGAUACAUCUAUAAAUUGGUUUUCUCCAUAAAUGACACAUACAUGUAUCCUUCCAUCCUGUCUCCAGAAGCAGCAGUGACUGGCAUGCACACUGAAAACAAAGAAAGAGGGCAGGCAGAAAGGCACAGCAGGUACAUACUGGCAGAGGCCUGAUGUCUGCCCUUUAUUGUAACCGCUCAGUGCCUUUCAUUGCCUCACAUACAUCUGAUCGGUAACUACAAAGAUGUGCAUUUAUGUGUGAGAUAUUAAAAUGAUGGUUACAUGUAUACCUAUGUAACAAACCUGCAUGAUCAGCACAUGUAUCCCAGAACUUAAAGUAAAAUUAAAAAUAAAGCAAUUUGAAAAGAAAAAUGAUAGUUAAUGUAAUAUAAUAAAGAUUAUGUACUUCAUCAUAGGAUUCUUAUAAAGAAGUGUAGGGAAAAGACAAAUUUCAAAAAGCAAAGUUUAAUCAUACUUAUUAAGCAAGACUUUUCACAAGAAUUGAGUAUAAAUUCAAUCUCUGUAUUUCAGUGAACUUCAAACCUUGUUUCAAAUUAUCCUUUCCAAGUUUCAGUAAUAUGCCAAAUAAGACUACCAGUAAACUUUUAUUGGUUAAGAAUAUCAAUCCAAGAUUUUUAGUAAGUUAAAAUGGAGGAACUAAAAAUAGGUACAUGAAAAUGUUGUAACAUUUUAGUGCUAUUUAUGAGUAUGAGCAAAGGAAUUUAAUCAGUUUGAAUCCCAGUUACAGAUGAAUCUUUUAUUUCACGGGUGCUGGGUAUGUGGUCUUUUUACGACAAAAAUUCUACAGUAUGGUUUCACUAUCUAAGUCUGACUGAGUGGGUCGCAUCUCUGUGUGCCACACAGAACUUUUAGACGAUGAGAGCAGUGGGGAAAAGGUUCUGCAAUUCCUGACAAUGAAGUACUCACACAGUAAAUCCUUAACAAAAACUACUGAACUGUGAGUAUAUGCCUCAUAAUCUUAUGCACAGAAAUGUAUCUAUUAGUACAGAAAGUUGGAAAACAUCAAGAUUAAAAAGAAUGCUGUAGGAAAAAUUCACAACAGGAAACAAAUUUUGCUCACUUAUUUUCCUACAAAUCUUCAGUUUAUUAAUUCAAGAGAAACUAUAUUAGGAAUAUUAGGCUGAUACCUCUAUUUCACCACCUCAUCUAAGCUACACUGUAUUAUACCAAGAAUGGUGGUGAUUUUUUCCCCAUCUAUACAGGCACUGCCAUCUAGUGGCAAGUUUUCACCAGCAAUUUUAAAAGAUAGUGGCCCAACUCUGGUAACAAAUACUAGACACUGAUGGUUUGUCAAAUAAGGAAAUGCAUUUAUUUGAUACACAAAUUCCAUGCCACCAGUCAAACUAUGGUCUGGCUCUUUUUUUUUUUUUUUUUUAAUCAACAGUAAAGAAAAGUUUUUGGGUUUUUUUUGCUUCUUUUUUGAGAUGGAGUCUCACCCUUGUCACCCAAGCUGGAGUGCAGUGGCAGGGUCUCGACUCUGCAACCUCCACCUC